UCAAAUAAUGCUAUGUAUCAGGCAGAGAAAAGUCCACGCAAUUUCGUAAAGCAGUCUUUUCCUUUCAAUUUGACCCAUGAAAGCUUCUGGUUUAGGAAGUAGAUAAAUGCCAGCAAUGGAUUGUUCAACGAAGACAAGCAUAUAGAUGGAGUGUGGGUGGGGCAAGUAUGUUGGGUUGAUUAAGAUAAAUUGAUUAAACAUCCACAAUUAGUAAGCCUUAAACAACUACUUGUGCCUCCAAAUCAGUGAGUGAUGCCCUGUCAAGAAUACAACCCAGAUCUUUCUUUUUCUGUUUUGGAUUUGAAAAUGCCAAACUGGUGAGCUAAGAGGCCUUGAAAAAGGAGGGACAGGGAGCAUGAUGAGUAGCAUGGAGGACAAUUAGUGAAGGAUAGAGGGAAUCAAUUUAAGGUGGUGGAAAUAUUAUAAACUAGGCCCUCUUGUGCAUUUUAUGCUCAAAGUUGCUCUCUCCUUUACCAUCCUUGUCUGAGCUCUAGCUUUUUUCUCGAAAGCUUCCUUUUUGGGCUAUAUGUUCACAAAAACCAUUUCCCCUGAACACCCCAUUCCUGUCUAAAACACACUUCUCUCAAUAUCUAUCUCUAGAACUAGAAUGGCUGACCAUGAUGCAAAAGAAGAACAAAGGCCCCUCAACCAAUGGAGAAGAAGCAAAGGGGGAUUCAUGGCUUCCAUGUUCAUUUUUGUCUUGUCAGCAUUGGACAACAUGGGCUUUGUGGCAAACAUGGUAAGCAUAGUCCUAUACUUUUAUGGAGUGAUGCACUUUGAUCUAGCCAGUUCAGCCAACACACUCACAAACUUCAUGGGCUCAACCUACUUGCUUUCCCUUGUUGGUGGCUUCAUCUCAGAUACUUACUUGAACAGAUUCACCACAUGCUUGCUUUUCGGAUCACUCGAGGUUCUGGCUUUGGCAAUGCUCACAGUCCAAGCUGCUUCAAAACAUUUACACCCUGAAGCAUGUGGCAAGUCAAGCUGUGUGAAAGGUGGCAUAGCAGUGAUGUUCUACACAUCACUGUGCUUGUUGGCAUUGGGAAUGGGAGGGGUGAGAGGAUCCAUGACUGCAUUUGGAGCUGACCAAUUUGAUGAGAAGGAUCCAACUGAGGCAAAAGCCCUUGCAAGUUUUUUCAAUUGGCUUUUGCUCAGUUCAACUGUGGGAGCAAUCACAGGAGUCACUGGUGUUGUGUGGGUUAGCACACAAAAGGCAUGGCAUUGGGGUUUUUUCAUCAUAACCAUAGCUUCCUCCGUUGGCUUUGUGACCCUUGCUCUUGGUAAACAAUUCUACCGCAUCAAAACUCCAGGAGAUAGCCCCACUUUGAGAAUUGCUCAGGUUAUUGUUGUGUCUUUUAAGAACCGAAAGUUGUCAUUGCCGGAGUCACAUGGAGAACUAUAUGAAAUCAGUGAUAAAGAUGCUACAGCUGAGAAGAUUGCUCACACCAACCAGAUGAGGUUCCUAGACAAAGCUGCCAUCAUACAAGAAAGCUCAAAACCCCAGGCAUGGAAAAUUUGCACUGUGACACAAGUUGAAGAAGUGAAGAUCCUAACAAGAAUGUUACCCAUAGUAGCUAGCACCAUCAUACUGAACACAUGUAUGGCACAACUCCAAACAUUCUCAGUUCAACAAGGGAAUGUGAUGGACCUAAAACUUGGCUCUCUAACAGUGCCAGCACCAUCCAUUCCUGUUAUCCCACUUGUUUUUAUAAGUGUCCUAGUUCCCUUGUAUGAACUAUUUUUUGUGCCAUUUGCAAGAAAAAUCACUAACCACCCUUCAGGCAUAACACAACUACAAAGGGUGGGUGUAGGGUUAGUACUCUCGGCAAUAUCAAUGGCAGUGGCAGGGAUUGUGGAAGUGAAAAGAAGGGACCAAGGGAGAAAAGACCCUUCUAAGCCUAUAAGCCUAUUUUGGCUUUCAUUCCAAUAUGGCAUAUUUGGAAUUGCAGAUAUGUUCACCCUUGUGGGACUAUUGGAGUUUUUCUAUAGGGAAUCACCUGCUAGCAUGAAAUCACUUUCAACCUCUCUCACGUGGUUGUCAACAUCUCUUGGUUACUUCUUGAGCACAGUCUUUGUCAAUGUUAUCAAUGCUGUUACCAAAAGGAUCACACGAAGCAAACAAGGGUGGUUGCAUGGGUUCGACUUGAACCAAAAUAACCUUAACUUGUUCUAUUGGUUCCUAGCCACCCUUAGUUGCCUUAACUUCUUUAACUACCUUUAUUGGGCCUCAAGGUACCAAUACAAACGUGAAGACUCAGGCCCAGGUUUUAAGCCUUUAGGUGAAAUGCCUCUCAAAAGGGUUGAGAGAAAACAAGAUUGUGAAGUUAGCCGAGAGUGAAGAAGAGAGAAUGAAUGGAAGCACAAUGGGAUUAUUAGUGGAUACUGAAUAGAAUAAGCAUAAGAGGCUGCUAUGAUGUACUAAGCUUUGGGAUGUGGAAAUAGUUAAUUAGUGGUUGAAAUCUCUCUACUAUUAUGGUACAUGUUUGCUUGUAUGGUUGGUUUUUUUUUGUUGGCUCUGGAACUGUGUGUCCAGACUUCAAAGGUUUUCUUUUUUUUAAUUUGUUCCUUUUUUUUUAAUGUAAGUUGAUUCACUUGGUUUUGUAAUUGGCCAAUGGCCGUUAAGCGAUGUUAAUUUAAUAGUUAGUCAUAUAAAAGAAACUAAAAUGUAAUUAAGUUUGUUUUUUUAAGCAAA